CUCCUGUACAUGGGAAUGUCUGUGCAGCGUGGGAUGGGAUGGGGAGAAGAGAGCAAUCAACAUAAGACAGACACCUCACACACAUAGACACAUCUCACCCUCCCGCCCUCUCAUUCACUGUCCACCCGCCUCAGUCCGCACAAACAAACAAAAAGAACGAGACGACAGCCAGGCAGGGAGGCAGGGAGGCACCAUCAACCCCACACGCACGCACGGAUAAUCAGACAGACAGGCAGGCAGGCAGGCAGACAGGCAAGUGCACACCAGCCAGUGACAUGUGUGUGGGAUAAAACGGGUACAUAUACAGCCAGUCGAUACUCUGUGUCUGUGUCUGUGUGUGGUAUGUGUCUGUGUGUUUGUAUGUGGGUCUCUGCGCGUCCAUCCAUCCAUCCAGCCAGCCAGCCGCUCGCUAUCCUUCCCCUCCUCCUCUGGGCUACUUAGUCAGUUCGUAGCGAGUUGCGUUAGCCAUUGGGAUACACACUGACUGGGUCACUCCAUGCCCUCUGGCUGCCCCUCCCCGCCCCCACCGCCGCCCUCCUGCCCCUCAACGGCACCAGCCGCCUCACCUGCAGCAGCACCGGCCACCUCGAUCUCCACCUCCUUGGCCUCGACGUGCCCCUUCCUCCCCUGCUUGCCCUUCUUCUUGGGUCGCGACAGCCCCUCCUCGCCCUGUGUGUCGUCCUUCUGGUCGUGCUUGCGCUUGCGCACCGUUUUGUGGACGGGGGGCACCACGGGGAGCUCCUGCUGCGGCAUGUGCACCUGGGGCUGCAGCCCCUGCAUCUGCAUCUCCGGCACCCCCUCCACGUUCUGCACUAUCACAUGCUGCUCCUGCCCCGGCAGCUGCUGCAUCUGCUGUACCAUAUGGACGUGGGCGCCCGGGGGCAGCAUCAGGCCCUCGGGGUGGUGGUGGGCCAGCGGAAUGCCCUUGUGGACGGGACCCAGCAGCUCCACACCCUCGGCCAGCGGCACCCCCUGCGGCACCAUCAUCGGGACCCCCUGCAGGGCCUCGUGUAGGGCAGCAUGCUCGUGGUGCGAUGCGUCCAGACCCUCGGCGCCCUCGGGGGGCACGCCCAAGGCGGGCGCGGCAUACUGCAGGUAGGCGGCGCUGGGCUGAUCGGCAGACUCGGGAACGGCCAACUUCUUGCCCCUACCUGAUGGAACAAGAAGCAGGGCCAGGGGAGAGAGAGGGGGUGUCUGUGGUGGGUGGGUGGAUGGGGAGGGGAAUGGGAUUGAUGCUUACGUUGAGUCUUGCGUUUGGGUUUGGCGCCGGGGAGGGACGCCCCGAGCUGCUGGGCUGAUGCGUCGCCGCCAUUCAGCUUGGACAACUUGUUCCUGCUUACGUGUGUUACACCCACCAGCCGCACACACACAUACACACACGGCAUGCAGGUCUUGGUGGCGUGUGCGCGCACCACACAUGCUUGAGCUCCGAUACGUUGCGAUUGUCCCUCAUCGUCUGCAGGAAGGAUAUAUGGACACGCAGACGCACGCAGACGUCAGCCUGCCAGUGUGUGUGUGUGUGUGUGUGUGUGAGAAGGGGGGGACUGACACACCUCGAUAUUAGCCGGCAGGGUGUAGCUACUCUCCGUCAACGCGUUAUACAUGCCGUCGGCGGCCUCACCUAGACACAACACACAACACACAGAGAUGCUGGCAUGGUUGUCUGUUGGCUGGCUGGCUGGCUGGCUGGCUGGCUGACCGAUGGAGUCGUGCGCCAUGACCAUGAGUUUGGCCAGCGCCCGCUUAAUCUCCAUCUUAUCGAACAGGUGCACGUGCUUGGCAAUGUCAUCGCCACGGCAACGCUCUAUCUUGACCUGGACCUUCAUGUCCUGCACACCACACCACACCACACCACACACGUCAAGCUGGAGGGGGUGUGUGUGGGAGGAGAGGGUACCCGUGCGGCCGUGGAUGUGAGGCAUGGUAUCUGCGCCUUCCAGAUGGGUGGGCGACGGCUCUCCACCGACGGCACCUCACGCGACACGAAGUCCAUCCACUCGACAGCGUACUCGUCCUGACAUCAUGUCACCACACCACACCACACCACACCACACCACAGCAUGCCCAUCGGUGCAGGCUUCUGUCUGCCUCGCUGUCUCGUCAGUCACCUACUUGUCGGAAUUUGGUGCAGAUUUUGGAGAGGAAGUCCUUCAGAGCGUCCCUCGGUAUGAGGCCCUCCCCGGCCAGCUCCUCGUCGGACUCGGUCAGCGGCAGGACCACGUCGUUCAACACCUCGUAGCAACGCAUCUGACACACAUGCAUGCAGCAACAACGAACAACCAACACAGAGGGAGCGGAGCAUCGAAAGGGACAUACAGACCUCCCCCCUUUCGCCUGCUCUGUGUGUGGCUGACCUCGAAGGUGGCGCCUUGGGCCUUGGACUGUCUGUCGGUGUCCUUGCUGUAGACCACCAUCUCGCCACCCUCACGUCCACCCACGUGCAGCACCUCUAUCUCAUCCGCAUGGAAAUACGGCGACCCGCCCAGCACUGCAUGGCCAAUUUC